AGAAGCACAGUAGUAGACACUCCGAGCCACCCACAGGGCGCAAUGAUGGGAGAAUCGGUGGAAAACAGCACUGAUGACUUUAUCAUUUCACUUAACAGGGAAUGUCCCAAAGAAUUGGAGGAACUCAUUGAAAAAUCCAGUGGAGAUGUCCGAAGAUUUGAUGACACUGGAUUUACAUUGUCUCUUCAGAAUGGGCUCGAAAACCUGAGGUUGGAGAAGUCGCUGACAGAUGUAGUGCUGUGUGUCGGCAAUAGCGCAUUCUCAUGCCACCGCGUUGUACUGGCGGCCGCCAGCAAUUACUUUAGAGCCAUGUUCUGCAAUGAUCUCAAAGAAAAGUAUGAAGACAAGAUUAUAAUCCAGGGAGUGGAAGCAGAAACCAUGCAGGCCAUCUUAGAUUAUACUUACACUAGCAAAGUAGUCAUCACAAAGCAAAAUGUGCAGAAAAUAUUAGAGGCCGCCAGUCUAUUCCAGGAUAACAGGCUGAACUGGAUGGGCGGAUAUCUUUUUCAGCCUUACAAGUUCCUCCGCAUGGUGGAUGCCUGUUCCAGUUUCCUUACAGAAGCUCUUCACCCCGAAAACUGCGUUGGAAUUUUAAGACUUGCAGAUGCCCACUGCUUGGACUUUUUGAAGUUGCAGGUCCAGAACUAUAUCAUCCAAAACUUUUCUCAGGUUUUAAAUCAUGAAGAAUUCCUCGAGUUGACAUCUGACAUUCUGUAUCAUAUUCUAAAGAGCGAUGAGCUGUAUGUGACGGAGGAAGCACAAGUCUUUGAGAUGGUCAUGAAAUGGGUGCAGUAUAAGCAGCCGGAGAGGAUUUCUCUUCUACCCAGAAUGUUAGAGUGUGUCCGCCUGCCCUUACUGGAUCCCUGGUAUCUCGUUGGUACGGUAGAAACCAAUGAACUGAUUAGAGGGUGUCCCGAUGUGUUCAAUUUAAUGCAAGAAGCACGCAUGUAUUAUCUGACUGGUAAUGAGAUAAUUUCUGAGAGAACAAAACCGCGGAUUCAUGAAUUUCAGUCUGAAGUGUUUAUGAUAAUCGGAGGUUGCACUAAAGAUGAGAAGUUUGUCACGGAGGUUACUUGUCUUGAUCCUUUAAGAAGAAGUCGCCUAGAAGUGGCAAAACUGCCAAUGUGUGAGCAAGAAGGUGAAGGAGAACUUAAGAAAUGGGUGGAGUUUGCAUGUAUAACCUUCAAAAAUGAGGUCUACAUAUCAGGUGGAAAAGAAACGCAGCAUGAAGUGUGGAAAUAUAAUUCCUCUAUUAACAAGUGGAUACAGAUCGAAUAUUUAAAUGUGGGCAGAUGGAGACAUAAGAUGGCAGCAUUAUGUGGCAAGGUAUAUGCAAUUGGUGGUUUUGAUGGCAGCCAAAGGAUUUACAGUGUAGAAGCGUAUGAGCCGUUCCACAAUUGCUGGACAGAGGUGGCUCCAUUAGUAAUCAGUGUGAGUUCAUUUGCUGCAGCAAGUCACAAAAACAAGCUUUAUGUUAUUGGGGGAGGACCCAAUGGAAAACUGGCCACGGAUAAAACUCAGUGCUAUGACCCAUCUACCAACAAGUGGAGCAUAAAGUCACCCAUGCCAAUCGAAGCAAAAUGUAUUAAUGCUGUGAGCUUCCACGAUCACAUCUAUGUUGUUGGUGGAGCAAUGAAGGCCUUAUAUUCAUACAGCCCUCUAGAUGACUCCUGGAGUUUAGUAACAAAGUUUAACCAUGAACGAGCAAGCUGCGGGAUUGCAGCAUGUUGUAAUAAAAUAUUCAUCACGGGUGGCCGAGACGAGAGGAACGAGGUGAUUGCUACUGUUAUGUGCUGGAACGUUGAGACAGGAAAACUGACUGAGGAAUGUGUCCUCCCUCGUGGUGUUUCCCAUCAUAGCAGCGUCACUAUAAGAAAAUCGUACACUCACAUCCGUAGGAUCGUCGCCGGAGCUGUUUCUGUCUGAUCUCCAAGGGGCCAUUGGCUCGUCCUUAAAUUAUUCUAAUUUAUUGCUAUUAUUUGUAAAAAAAACAUUGGGAGCCAGGAUGGGUAACAUUUUAUUUGGAUGAAGGCAUUUGAAGGCUUAGCCAUAAACACGGGUCUUUAUGACUAUAUACAGUGAACAAAAAUAUAAACGCAACACUUUCGGUUUUUCUCCUAUUUUGCAUAAGCUGAACUCAAAGAUCUGAAACAUUUUCUACAUACACAAAAGACACAUUACUAAAUCUGUGUUAGUGAGCACUU